AGUUCCGAAAAAUGUUAAGACAACUUAUUUUAUUAGCCAAAAAAGUAUUCUGUAUCGAAAAUUGUGCAAGAAAGUUCAUUUUCUUUCUAAAAGCUGAUCAGAGUAGAAGCAUUAAAUUUCAAAAUCAAAAUGAUGAGCUAUAAAGUGAAUUUUUGUGCUGUUCUUCUUCUCCUUUUGACAGUCACUAAUAAUGUAGAUUGUGGUGUGAUUGCAUUUGGAAUUUGUGAGGCAACGUGUAAUAAUCUAGCAACAGCCUGCUAUACUAAAAUUUAUGCGGGAAAAUAUCUGAAAGUUCUUGCAACUGGAUUUACUAUUGCGCCAUUAACUCUUGGUCUUGGAACACCAGUAGCAGUUUUAGCAUGUAAUGCAGCCUUUGCAGAAUGCAUGAGUUCGUGUGUUUUAGCUGGAUUAUCGCCACUUUUGUAG